AAUCAAGAGGGAAAUUCGAUGCAGGAGGGCGGUCCUCCGCUAGCCUUCUGGGACUGCGUCUGUGCCUCUGCAUCCUCACUUCCGUUACCACCGAGCCGGCGCCACAGUUUCUCCAGGCGGAAUUAUGGGAACUCGUCAGCUUCAGAUUGGCUUGUUAGCCAUCUGUUCCCCUGGGUUUGAGUUAUUUUAGCCAGGGACCUCUAGAAUAUCCCCUAGAUGCUUUUGAGAUCGACAGUUCUCACAAACAUUUGGGGAGACAAGGAAGGAAGGAGUGAAGUUUGAAAGUCCUGACUUCCCAAAAAGCACCGUGCGGAGCCCCGGGCUCUGCACCUCCUGGAAGGAGCACUAAAUGAUGAACACUCACAAGGAGGUGGUGACAUUCAAGGAUGUGGCUGUGGCCUUCACUGAGGAGGAACUGAAGCUGCUGGAUGCCUCCCAGAGGAAGCUGUACCAAGAGGUGAUGGUGGAGAAUUUUAGAAACCUGCUCUCAGUGGGAAUUAACCGUCAAAGCGAGUUGAGGGCUGUCCAAGAUGGAAGGUCACGUGAGGCCCUUUCCUGCUGGCAAAUCUGGCAGCGGGUCAUGGACGACUUAACCAGGUGUCAGGACUCCAUGGUGACCAGCACGCAGUUACAGGAUGACUCCCCCUGCCGGGUCCAGCGAUGGUCGUCUGCUCACGUUUCUGAGGAUGAAAACUAUACCCUGAGUCGUAAGGCAAAGGUUCCCGCUGAUACUGGAAGGCUCCCACUUCCAAUGUCGAGAACCCAGGGUUCUUGGCAGAAAAUUUUCUUGACUGAGCCACAGAGUUCCAAGAAUGGCUACCAAAUGAUUUCCACAAGAAGUGAACGGGGUCAGAAUAAACAGGAUAUGGACUCUGUAGGUCGGAUUUCACGUUCCCUCAGUGAUCACAGAGUACACAAAAGUAAAGAUGGUCACAGCCCCAGUGGUUGUGUGAGAGAGAACAUAAAGGCGGCAACCUUUGAUCAGAAUAGAGCCAUUCGUGCUGGACAGAAAAAUGACCGGUGCAAAGAAGCUGCUGCUGGUCACGCCAGCUUUGACCGUCACCAACGGUCAGACCGGGGAGAGAGGUCUUGCACAUGUGUGGAAUGUAGGAAAGGUUUCCGUUAUAACGCAGAUGCUUGGGUUCGUCAGGGAGGUCACACGGGAGAAAGACAUCAGGGACUUGGCCAUGAUCCACAUCCACACAUCCCGCAGGAGGUUCCUGCCGCUGCGAAAUCAUACGAAUGUGAGCGAUGCGGAAAAUUCUUCCGCUGUAGAUCUGCACUUAAUGUUCAUUUUAAAGUCCACACCAGGGAGAGACCGUAUGUUUGUGAUGCUUGUGGGAGCGCCUUCAGCCAGGCCUCCCACCUUCAGGACCAUCAGAGACUCCACACCGGGGAGAAGCCAUUCAAAUGUGACGCGUGCGGCAAGAGCUUCAGUCGGAAUUCACAUCUUCGGUCCCAUCAGAGAGUACACACCGGUGAGAAACCGUACAAAUGCGAGGAGUGCGGGAAGAGCUUCAUCUGUAGCUCAAAUCUUUACAUUCAUCAGAGAGUCCACACCGGAGAAAAGCCCUAUAAGUGUGUGGACUGCGGGAAGGAGUUUAGUCGCCCUUCGAGUCUCCAGGCCCAUCAGGGCAUACACACCGGAGAGAAAUCCUAUGUUUGUACUGUGUGCGGGAAAGGCUACACCCUGAAUUCAAAUCUUCAAGUCCAUCUGCGCGUCCACACUGGAGAAAAGCCAUACAAAUGUGACGUGUGUGGGAAAGUCUUCAGCCGUUCUUCACAACUACAGUCUCAUCAGAGAGUUCACACAGGGGAGAAACCUUACAAGUGUGAGGUUUGCGGAGCUGGAUCGAAGUUACUUUUGUUUGAUGUCACAGGAGGGGGUGACAUUCAAGGAUUUGGCAUUGGUGUUUACUGCAGAAGAACUGGGGCUGCUGACCCUCACACAGAGGAAGCUGUACAAGGACGUGAUGCUGGAGAACUUCAAGAACCUGGUUGCUGUGGGGUGGUGUCCCUACUGGAAGCAGAAGAAAGGCUUUGGCUGAAGGAAACAGAAGCCCAGAGAAGUAGAUAUCCUGGCAGUAGGAGUCAACAUGACUCGGCGACUACUGGGAAACUUGCACUGAAACAUCUUUCCUGGGAAGAGCUGUCUUGCUGGAGCAUCUGGAAACAGGUUGUGCGGGAAUCGACCAGGUGUCUUCAGAGGAGGCGUUCUCAACCACUGCAAGAUGAUUCCAUUCUGGUUUCUGACAACAGCGACAGUACAGGGAAUCACAAAGGAGAUAGCUCCAGCUGCCUUGAACAUGAAGACUUUUCAGUUUCAAGAACUCAUAAUCAUUGUCAAAAUUCGAAGAAGAAAUCAUCGCUUUAUAAGCAGCUUAAAAGCAACAAAGGACAGAAGCCCUACAGAUGUGAGAGCUGUGGGAAGAGAUUCAGCAGUAGCAAGGGUCUCAUCGUUCACUGCAGAGCUCACGCGGGAGAGAAACCUUACAAGUGUGAGGAGUGUGGGAAAGGCUUCACCCGAAAUGCAGAUCUUCAUGCCCAUUCCCGUGCUCACACUGCAGAGAAGCCCUGUAUGCGUAAGGAAUGCAGGGAAGGCUGCCGCCAGGAUUCCAACCUUCAAGUCCAUCAGAGUAACCAUACCGAAGAGAAGCAAUUCAAAUGUGAAACUUGUGGGAAGGGCUAUAGUUGGUCCUCGAGGCUUCGCACCCAUCAGAAAGUUCAUACUGGAGAGAAGUCAUACAAAUGUGAAGUGUGUGGGAAGGGCUUCUGCUAUAGUUCAAAUCUUAAACAAUACCAAGUAACACACACUGGAGAGAAACCGUCUAAGAGUCAGGAGUGUGGGAAAGGAUUCAGUUGUGGGUCGAAUCACGCUUCUCAGAGAGUCCACUCAGAGAAGAAACUCUACAAAUGUGAAGAGUGUGAUAAGAGCUUUGGUCAGCUCAUUGAUUAUCAGGCAUACCAGCAAGUUCACACUGGAGAAAAACCACACCAGUGUGAGGUGUGUGGGAAAGGCUUCAGUCGCUUAUUUGGUCUUCAUUCCCAUCAGAGAGUUCAUACUGGGGAGAAGCCAUACAAGUGUGAUGUGUGUGGAAAGAGCUUUAGGUACAGUUCUCAGUUUAUCUACCAUCAGAGAUGCCAUACUGGAGAGAAACCCUACAAAUGUCAGGAGUGUGGGAAAGGCUUUGGCAGGAGCACAGAACUUCGCCACCAUCAAAGGAUACACACAGGAGAGAAACCUCACAAAUGUAAGGAGUGUGGAAAGGCCUUCAGUCUGCCCUCCAAUCUUCGAGUCCAUCUGAGCAUUCACAUGAAGGAGAAACUCUUCACGUGUGAGGAGUGUGGGAAGGGCUUCAGCCAGCGCUUGCGUCUUCAAGCUCACCAGAGAGUUCACACUGGAGAAAAACCAUACAAGUGUGAUAUAUGUGGGAAAGGCUUCAGUCGCUCCUCUGGCCUCCAUUACCAUCACAGAAUCCACACUGGGGAGAAGCCAUACAAGUGUGAUGUGUGUGGAAAGGGCUUUAUAUACAGUUCUCAGUUUACCUACCAUCAGAGAUGCCAUGCUGAAGAGAAGCCUUUCAGAUGUCAGGAGUGUGGGAAAUUCUUUGACACGAGCACGGACCUUCACCACCAUCAGAGGGACCACAUGGGAAAGAAACCUCACAAAUGUGAGGAGUGUGGAAAGGCCUUCCGUUUCCCCUCAAAGCUUCGAGUCCAUCAGAUUAUUCACACGAAGGAGAACCUCUUCAAGUGUGAGGAGUGUGGGGAGGGUUUCAGUCAGCUCUCAAGUCUUCAAACACACCAGAGAGUUCACACUGGAGAGAAGCCGCACAGAUGUGACAUGUGUGGGAAAGGCUUCAGUCACAGUUCUCGCCUUCAAAGCCUUAGGAACGUCCAUACCUAGAGAAAGCAGCAGAGCGGGUGUGGUCGUGCAUGCCUGUGAACCCAGCGUUCAGGAGGCCGAGGCUGGAAGAUGAUAGAUUUGUGGCCUGCCUUGGCUCCAGAGCAUGGUACUUUUUUAACUUUUGUGGAAAUGUCCAUCUACUCCAUUAAAACGAUAACAUACCCGGAGUAACACCUAGAACUCAUUUUUAGGGAAGAAACACAGGCAGUGAUCAUCUUGACAAGACUGUGAAUGAAUAUCAGCAAUCAUCUUUCAGUGUACGGUGCGCCAAAAGGUACCAGGUGAACCAGCACUCGCCAGGUGCUGACUUUCUCUCUAACUAACAGUGGGCACUAUUUUCACUAAAGACUAAAGGUGUGGAAAACGAAACUGCUGACUAAGACUUUCCUAUAGCUAAGGACUUAUCCUGGGGUUUUUUUUUUUCAUGCAGUAUGGAAGAUUACAAUGAAAAAGGCUGUACAUGCGUCUCUGAUCAUCAAAAGUAAAUUGGUGUCAGCCAUAACUGUAUGUAAGAUGUUCAUGGCAUCAUCGUUUCGUAAUUGGUUGGCUGGCGAAUGGACUUUCUGUUUUGCAGUCCAAUGGUAACUCUGCAAGCAUCAAAUGAGAAGAGGCAGAAUUAGCUAUGACUGCUGAACGUCGAUCAGGGUAUAUUAACCUGAAAAACCAUAGAGUGUGAAAGCUAGAUGUGUGUUUUUAGAGAAACAAAUGAGGCUGGAAAAGAUGGUUCAGUGGGUAAAACAGCUUGCUGGACAAACGUAGGAAUCUGAGUUUGAAUCCCCAGUACCCAUGCAAAAAGCUGGGUAUGGCCAUGUGUAGGUCUGUAAUCCUAGUGCUGUGACAAGUGGAGACAGGAGGAUUGUUGGGACUUGCUGACAGACCAUGUCUCUAGGCAGCAGGGACAGUGUGACAGAGCAAGACACCUAAAUCAUCCUCCAAACUCCAGACACAUGCACAUGGGCAUACAUACCUGUUCAUGUAUGCAGAGCAUAACAUACACCACACACACAAAAUACAGAAGGUGGGCUGGAGAGACAGUCCAGCAGUUAAGAGUAUGUGCUCCUGUUUCAGAGAACCCUAGUAUUGCUACCUGCACCCACUUCUGGUGGCUCACAAUCUCUAGCUCUAGAGGUUCUAGCUCUAGAGGUUCCAGUGCUUCUGGCCUCAAGCACAUGUGCACAUGCGUGUGCAUGCUCAAUUUAAAGAUGAAUCAUUUUUAAAAGGUACAGAUGUAUGGGCUUAGUUAUCUCUAGUGAGAUUUUAAUCGUGUACAUUAAACGUUUUGAAAUCUAGAAUUUUUAGAAAAACUAUAAAAAUCAUAUACAAUUUUAUAUCCUUAACCCUGAUUCGCCAGUUGUUAAAUUGCCUAGUCAUCAUUCUCCUGAUUGAUGAAUUUGUGCACACUCAAAUACUGCCACCUACGUAUAUGACUGUUCAGAUGUCUCAUCUCUUACAUCAAAUACUCAAGUGUGUUUUCCUUAAGCAGCUGUAAUAUAAUAUUCAACCAAGUCAGAUAUUGAUACACAACACUGUACAGCCGAAAACAGCUUAUCUAAAUGUCACCAGCUGUCCUGGCUGGCACAAUAUAGUGUGUACUGGUUCUAAUCGAGUAGUUGCACUGGGCACCUUUAUUCUGGACCUCUCUGUUGUAUCAGGUGUGGGUUCACGCAGGUCCAUGAGAAGAAGACACAGAGGCACUCUAAGCAUGAAUUUAGCCUUGCCAGCUGCAGGGCUCAGCCUAUGGCCGGCCGACUCACUGCCACUUUGAUGUUGUAGAAUACUGUUUUAAGCCGUGUUGCUUUUUUGUGGAACAUUUGUUUAAUGAUGUAAAGAUGUGUUGCUUUUGUU